GGAGUUUGAGGCUGCUGAAAAGAUGGAACAUCCCGGGUUGCAGUUGACUGGAGGACUUCCGGGCCAGCCAAUUCCAGCCGCACCGAGGCCUGAACCUCCAAGGCCCCCAGUGACUAACAUUGUCCAACAACCAGUGUGCGUCCCCAGGCAGGCAGACUCAAAGGCACAGGCUGCCUGCCCCCCGGCACCCAAAAGCCAGCAGCCACCUGAGACCAAGGCACCUGAUGAGAUCCCUCCUGAAGACAUGAAGGAAUACAUGGAGAUCAUGGCCUGGCUGGAAGAACAUCAUCUCUUGGUCAUUGAGGAGCCUGAGAAAAACCAGGAAGAAAAGCAGGAUCAGGAAGACAAUGACUUAUACCCGGAUCUCCUGAGUUACUGUGAGGAGCUAUGCUCCCAAGAAGACUUUGUCGACAAGGUGGAAGACAUUAUCAACCCCAAGUUCCUGGAAGAAAUAGAAUCUACAGAUGUAGAGACAGAUAUCAUCUUGGCUGUCAGUGAGGUGCUAGAAGAGGAACAUGCACUCACUGUUGAGCAGCUGGUGGAGAAGCGCCUCCUGGAGUCCAAGACCAAGGGAGGUGUGUGCGGGCCCCCGAGCCAAGGUGCAUCCCGAUCUGCUGUCCACCGCGGUGCGGAGCCAGACGACUGUGACCCCAAGCGAAGGGUCCACAAGGAGACCCGCCCCGCUCCAAAAGCUUCCCGCGGCCGUAAGAGACGCAGGGCCACCGAGGAAGAGCUGCCCGGGCCUGAGGUUCCUGCUGGCCUGCGCAGGCGACGCCGCCCUGCCCCACGGAGAGCCUCCGGUCCCAGUGCUCUGCCCCAGGACCUGGCACCCCGAGGUGCCCUGGGCUUCGGAGGAGCCUCUCCCACCGGGGUGCCGUGCGAGCCAGCAUCCAGCCUGGGUGAGGAGGACGAGGACUUCUCCAGCCUGUCCUUCCUCCUGGCCUCCCCUCGCCAGCUGCUGCCCUGGGCAUGGCCCCCGACCCCCGAGCCUGGCGUGGGCCUCCCCUGCCCUGCAGGUCCAGCACGCCAGGCCUCACUCCCCCAGGGAGGCAGCCUCGGCUCCGACCUCCCUCCAUCUGCCGGGUCCAAGGAGCGAGUCCUCACGGAGGGCAUCGCUCCUGUGGGAAAGGUGUCCUGCCCAGGGCCUUCCUGCCAGGUCUCAGGAGGGCAAGAUUUGGCUCAGGGGCUGGUUCCAUGCCCGCGGCCUAAGAAGAGAAGGCGUAACAAACUAGGCUCCCAGAAGAGGAGGAAGACCUGCCUCCCAUAAGGCUGCUCGGCAGACUCUGGGGUGACUGUCCAUCAGGUGGCCCUUGGCAAGAUUUCACCCUGGCUGCAUCUUGCACCCCACAAGCCAGAGGUCCCUCCUCCCUGAGUUCUGAUCCA